UAACCCUUGCGGGCUGGGCUUGAUUGCUUUUCCGUCGCCCGUUAUAUUUAGCCCCUUCCAUUGCCAUAAACCGCUAAAUUUAGCGGCGUUCGCUAUAUUCCAAUAGAAAACACAAUACUUGCAGGCACUAAGCUUUUGGUUUAAAAAUGACAGCAUCAAAAUGAAGAUUUCAGAGUUUUGUUGCAGACUUUCAUAUGUAAGAUUUCAAUAAGAUCGAGACAGAUCGCAUAUGAUUUCUAAUCUAUAUCAAUUGAUAGAAAUCUCCUUUGUAAUAUGAAAUGUGGGAGCUGAUAUUCAGCUAAAAACAUGGCAGAAAAAUCAUGUAAAACCCUCGUUAGAGGCCUACGUACCCUCUGGAUGCACACCAAUAUCACAAACAAGCAUACCCAUUACCUUUUUCAAUCCGGAAAUCAAUACCCAUUCCAUUUACACUCACGGUCAUAUGGAAAUCUGGGGCCAAAUUAUACUAAACCCUUAAUUCGAAGAACUGUGGAGGUUCAGUGCCCAUCAGCCUCUCUCCAACAAAAAAUCUCUCAAAUUGAUCGCAGGCUGUUGUCUACAGAAACCUUGACAGAGAAAUGGAAUUCUGUGGCAAUGAAGCUGAAGCAGACAUCAAGAAAGAACACGUCAGCAGCGAAUUCUAAUAUUGGCGCUGCUACUCAGAAGAUUCAGGUUCCUAAGGGGUUGUUUGAUAAGCCACUUAAUGCUGUUAAGGCUAAUUUUAAUAGAUACAGAGAAGCCGUAGGACUUCAGGUGGAGGCGUUCUGUAAGAGGAAUUCUUUGGUGUUGGUAGGGGCCGUGGGGGUUGUUGUAUGUUUUGUUCUGUGGAGACUUAUGUUUGGAGUUGCAAGCACUUUUGUGGAACUGUCUGAAGGAAUGGCAAAGUAUGGAUUCCUUGCCCUUGCAACUGCAAUGGUGGCCUUUGGGGGCCUUUAUGUACGUGCAAAAUAUACAAUCAAUCCUGAUAGAGUUUAUAGGAUUGCAAUGCGCAAAUUGAAUACAUCAGCUGGAAUUUUGGAAGUUAUGGGAGCUCCUCUUACAGGAACAGAUGUGCGGGCAUAUGUUAUGUCUGGAGGACGGAUCCGCCUCAAAAACUUCAGGCCCAGCUUGCGCAGCAAGCGUUGUUUCCUUAUAUUCCCAAUACAAGGGUCAGAAAUGAGAGGUCUUGUUAGUGUAGAAGUGAAGAAAAAGAAAGGACAGUAUGAUUUCAAGCUGCUUGCAGUGGACGUCCCCAUGGCAAGUGGACCUGAUCAAAGGUUAUUCUUGAUCGGAGAUGAGGAUGAAUACAAAGUGGGAGGUGGGCUGAUUUCUCAGCUUAGAGAUCCAAUAGUGAAGGCAAUGGCUUCAGAAAAGGAGUUUGAAGAUCAAGACCAGAAAGAAGAGGAGGAGGAUAAGCAAAGGGAGCUUGUCGAACAAGAGAAUAGGAUGCAGCUAGAGAUAGAAAAGAUUGAAAAGGAAGGAAGGGAUACUUUAUAAAGACACGUGAUUUUUGCAGAUAAGUCUGAUCUUUGUAGAAGAACUCAAUAAGUGUCUUCCUCUUCAAAAAUUGCAAAUUGUUUGAUUUCUUUGAAGAAUUAGAUAAUUUCUUCUCAUUUAUUUUUUUGAAAAUAUUUAUUUGGAGCCAUCUAAAGAUGGAUGCUUGUUGGCUGUUUUGUCCAAUUUUGGUGAUUACAAAAAUAAAGCCUCAAUUAACUUUGGAAA